CCUUUCGUGUCCUCUCCUCUCAAGGGGGGAUUUCCCUUUAAAGUUUGGGAAUAUUCAUAAGCUCCCAGAGGUCUGAGAGCUCAGAGAUUUAACCUUCCUCACCCCAACAAUCCACUGCUGGUCAGUCAGUGAGAACCCUCACUGUGCAGCUGAGCUUUAUUCAGACCUGCUUAACUUUAUUUAAAACUAGAGAGGACACUGUUUACAAAGAUACCAGAUGUGUCAGGGGGAAGUUGCUAUUAAACCGGAAUAUCUCUCAAAUGUAGGUUAUACUGUACAUGCGGUGAUUCUCUCUCAGAAUUUCCUCUUUGUUAAAUGUUAAAACUUUCAUGCAUCAGAGGGUAACUCAUGUCUAUACGCAGCACACUGAAAUAAGAGCAGUCCUGAAACCUGACAGAAUGCUGAUUUGUUCCCAAACAAAGCUUGACAUCGGUCAGUUCGUCUCACAGAACAAGACUCCACACAGACUCGGUUGGUAAACGAACACGAAGCCUGGCAGACUAAAGUGAGUGUGUGGUUUCAGUUUCAGCGUGUACAGGGGGAAACCACAGUCUGCUGCUUUUAGAGUUUGGUGAGACCUGAUUGGCCGGCUUUAAAGAAACUCUGUCUUCAUCUGACGCUCACUUCCUCCCAGGAAGACGGUCCCCUGCUCUUUGAGAAAGAAGCUCAAACUCGCUCUCCGUCCACAUGAAGACGACCUGACGAGUCGUCACUCUGAACACAAACCAGUCGUCGGAGGGGAAACAUGUAGCUCAGCUGUCCACGUGCGUACCAGCUGUUUCCGCCGUGUUGGAGGUCUCCAUCUGCUCGCCGCUACUGCCUGGAGGAAGUUGGCGUGUUCUAGAGCAUGAGUGGCAGUCGACCCCCCCCUGACGGCCGCCAGGGGUCAUGUGAGGCCUCGUACCGCUGGCACCAUUACAGGAAGCGCUGGCAGCAGUCAGACCCCCAGCAGGCUCCUGAGCGUCCCCUGGACAGGUACAGGUGGAGGACUUCUGCCUGCCUGGCAUCGGGGGCAGCAAAGAUGGCCGCCCCUGAGGGAAAAGGCCACGACAGAGAGGCUCCUCGUCUGCGGCUGCUUGGGCUCCAGAGGUCCAGCCCGGCCCCAGAGUCCACCUCAGGCCAUGAAGAACAAUCCAGAACAAUGUCUCUACGCAGGAUCUUCCCCUACUUCAGGUCCGUGUCUGAACCCGGUGCAGGCGGCGAGUCGGGGAGGAGAGCGCCCUCCGUCAGCAGCUUCAUCACCUCGUUCUCCAGGAGGAUCAGCAGAGUCCUCAGAGACGAGGCGGAAACUGAAGCAGGAGAGUCCGAUGUCAAAGGUCCUCCAGCCCAUCAGUUCUCCUGCGGUCAGAGUCCUUACACCGACAGCGGGGCCUGGGAGAGGAAGUUCUGCAUCCUGACCGACAGCCAGCUCAUCCUGCUCAACAAGGACGAUGAGGCUGCGGGAGAGGCUCAGGAGAGCCCGACAGACUCAGCCAAGGCCCGGAGUCUCCGCAGGACCGUCAGCGUCCCCUCAGAGGGACAAUUCCCAGACUUCCCAGCAGAGGGCGCCAGCAUGUUAGGUAAGGAGCAAGAAGCGGGUGAGAGAGGCCGGUUGUUGCCAUGACAAUAAACGAAACAGUUGUUGGCUGUGAGCUGGUUUUUCAUCCUG